GUGCGCACAGCGCGUGUCCCGGGCUACACGCCGGAAAGACACCUUCCUCCGUGGCAAGCGGGAGGAAGAGUACAGGUCCCCAGGGGGCGGGGUUUGCAGCACCUGAGGUCGCCAUGGCUACCGAGCCCGAGACCCCUGAGGCCGCCUUGGCUGCGGAGCCCGCGGUGCCGUCGCUUGUGGAUCGUUACUUCACUCGCUGGUACAAAGCGGAUGUCAAAGGAAAACCCUGUGAGGACCACUGUAUACUACAACACUCUAACUGGAGUUUGGUUGACAAGAAUGAGUCUUGCAGUGCCUACGCUAAACAAAUAAACUUGAUUACCCAAACAUCCAAAUGGAGGACCACACCCUCAGUCGGCUACUACCUCAAAAUAUGUGUCAUCACACUGGCAGGAUCCCAUCUAGUUCUUCAAAGUGGAAAAGCAAUUAAAAGCAUUUCCUAUCAAAUCAGUACCAACUGUAGCAGACUUCAGAACAAAGUCUCUGGGAAAUUUAAGCGGGGGGCACAGUUUCUAACAGAACUUGCACCUCUGUGUAAGAUUUACUGCUCUGAUGGAGAAGAAUACACCAUGUCUAGCUGUGUUAGAGGAUGGUUGAUGGAAGUGAAUGAAAGCAUUCUCCAUAAGCCAUCUAUUCUUCAAGAGAAGCCAUCCACCGAAGGCUACACUGCAGUUGUGUUGCCCAAGUUUGAGGAAAGUAAAAGCAUAACAGAAGGGUUACUGACACAAAAACAGUAUGAAGAAGUCGUGGUGAAAAGCAUCAAUGCCACAACAGCUACCUCAUGAGGAUUAAGAUUGAGUAAAAACAACAGGGCAUUCUUAUCCUUACCUGGCCUACGAGUUAGUGCACUAAGGAAGAACCAGAGGCGCUGAAGCGUCCUUCACACCGGGCUAUCUGCAGGGAGGCCUGAUCUUAAAACCUGACCUAGUUUUCCUUCUUUAUCUUGCAUAACAAGCCUUGAUUCCAUUUUGUCUUCAACCUCCCAGAUCUGCCUGCCCAUGUACUCACUCUGCUCUUCUUUUGCUUUUCUCUUUCUAACAACUGGCAAGUGAGAGGCGUUUUUCUGAUUAAAAACCAACAAACAAAGCACUUUGAGGAAAAUUUGAAAAGACAGAAAAGUAAAAAUAAUUUACCCAUCAUCCUGUAACCCAUUAGUAAAUACUAGGUUUUGAUGUAAUUCUGUUUGAAUAUUAUGUCAUGGUUAUUGUUUUUGCCUCAAUUUUCCAUCACUUUGAAGUUGGAAAACAACAACUGGCCUUUCUUACCAAGUCUGCUUCAGUGUGACACGACCGAAACGUCUGGUCCCACCCCUUUUGCCCCAACUGCCUCCCUCAGGUUGCCGGGAAGAGGCAGGGUGUAGAGUGUACCUUCUCUAAGUCUAUGGGUUGGCCUUCAACUCUGAACAAUGUAGCACUGUAACACUGGCUUCUUAAUGAGGGACACAUGAAAAGGCUUUGAAAGGGGCUUUGCUAACAUGGAAGUAUCAAUAUUAUAAUGCGGUAUGAAGUAACAUGUGCAUUUGUGGUCACUCAGUCUCACACUCUAGUUACAGGGUCACCAGCGAAGAAGUUCCCGAGAAGUUCCUGGAAUUCAAAGACACAGGUGCUUUCGAACAGAACAAAAGCUUUCACAUCAUUUAAACAAUAAACAAAAAACUCUGAAUUCAUGGUUUAAGAUUGUAUACUUGUUUACAUUGAAUUUCAAAUAAAAGGACUUCUUUUAAAA